AUGGGUCUCAUCGGCGGCGCGAUCAAGCUCAUCAUCAUCCCCAUCCUCUUUGUCGUCGCCAUUGCCGUCCUUGGCGGCAUCUACAUCAAACACCGCAGGAGCAAACGGACGAUCCAAGACGUCGACCAAGCGCCGUUUCCCCCGCCGCCGCCCGUGUCGGUAGCGCCGCCGCCGCCGCCGCCGCCGCCCGUCUACGCGCCGAGCCCGCUGCAGUACCAGCCUCUACUCUACGUUAUAUUGCAGGCCACGCACAUCCAAAGACGACUAGGAAUAAUUCUGUACAAAAUUGUCUUGGUCAGUAUAGUCAAACCGUCCCCGAUAGGUCUCUUUGCCAUUCUCGGGAUCAAAUUUGUUGAAGCUUGGAAAGUUGCUUUCAUAGUGGACUUGCCAUUAGACUCUUCUGUUCUCGAAUCCGACAGCAGCGUCACCCAGAUCAUCCCCGACGAUGUUGCUCUUAUGAUUCCUAUCGCGUCCGGCCUCGAGUCUAGCCAAGAACCCGUCGAUGACCGCGCAGAGCUAACGACUAGUAUCAGGACAAGUCUGAAUCGUCUACUUGCCCCCGAUAUCUCCCUGUCCAUCUCUGCCGAGGCUGAUCUUGCCACCUUUGCAAUGGAAUAUUAUCACUACUUCAAACCAGGGCAAUUUAUGGCAACAGAGAAAGCCGUGGGCAUUACACUGGGUAUUAUUGGCAUAACAGCUCUAGGCUUGGGUGCCUGCUACCUAUCAAAACGAAGAUCCAUGUCCAAGACAAAACCGCCGGCGGACGCGUGA